GGUCUGUGAAAACUUGGUCACGAUGUUCGCCAAAGCGUUCAACACGAGCGGCAAUACGCGGCUGAAGGGCAAGGAUGUGAAGAAGGUUCGGUUGGACCUGUUAAAGUCCUGUGGCAUUGAGAGCGAUGCGAGCUUCCCAUGGAACCUCCUGGCCAAGGCGGAAAUCGUCAAGAUCAAGCUGGCGGCUCCAAGCCGCACGGUGUUGUUCACGGACGCCGAUUCGAACGUGCUGGCGUUCGAUGUCCACGGAAAAGGCGACGUGGUGCCGUCGGUGUACCUACUUUGGCACGAGCCAGCGCUGCGCUCGCACUUGCCGCAGCUUGUUGUACAUUCUCCAGUGAGCCAUUUCUUGCUGCGUGGCGCAGACCCGAUGCUGCCCGGGGUGUUGAAACAAUCUCAUUCGACUGACCAUCCGUUCCUCAAGGGACAGUUGCGUGCCGUGUACGUGCACGGCAAUCCGAUGCCAUUUGCGAUCGGAGACAUGCUUGUGGACGCGGAAACCCUCGCCGUCCAGGGAUGGAAAGGCAAGGCCAUGCAACUUUUGCAUGUUGUGUUUGACGAACUCUCGAAACUGAACCCUCAGUCGCUUCUUUCGCGCAACCUUCCUGAAGGGUUCACCGACAACGAAAUCCUUCCCAUAGAAGUAGCCAGCCAAGCUACAGCAUCUGAAGUACUCGACAUCAACGCUAUUACGCUAGAGGGUGACGAAAUAGAGGAGAAGAAGCCACCGUCUACCGUCCAUGUUGGCCCGAACGAGGACGAUGCCAACGAUGAAGAAGAAGGUGAAAGCGUCAGGUCCCAAGCCGACCUAGAUGACCUUCUCGAGCGAAGUUUCUACCAAGCCAUGAAAGUGGUCAAGCCCAGCGACGCGCCCAUGCUCGCCAGUCGGUUUUACGCGUCGCUGGUGCUGCCAUGUCGUCCCGUCGGCACGGCCAUCAACGUCAAGGGCACCUCGUACAAGAAGAUUUCGACGUUUCUCAAAGACAUGGCGUCCCGAGGCGUGGUCGACGUGACUGAGCACGACGGCGUCCAAACCAUCACGUUGUUUCGAAAGACCCAUCCGGACGUGAGUCGCCACCAGCUCCAUCGCUCGGAAAUGAACGUCGCCGUCGACUUGGAGGCUGAAGCGACGGCGGGUAUGUUUGUUCCUGGCAAGUAUGCCCCCGAAGUGGUGCAGCUGUACCGGUUGACGCAGCAAACGCAGCUGUUGGGGGCGGACACCAAGGCGACGGCGCUCCACUUGGCCGAUGUCCGGGCCCUGUUGAAUGAGUACAUUGCCACGAACGGACUGGUACACCCACGGGAGCCCCAAUAUGUCCAAUUGGACAUGAUCUUGACCGAUGCCUUGUAUCCAGGAAAGAAGAAACCGGCGGCGGGGUACCCAGACAAGUUAUUGCGCCAAGACGUGCUCCAGCUCUUGGUGUCACGCCUUCGGGUUUGUAAAUCCUCCAAUCGCCCUUGUCCUUUAGUUGUGAAAACUGAAGUUAAUGAGCAUUGGGUAGCCCUACCAUUCGAUUCAACUGUACCCAGAGCAGCCGGUGGUGCCCGUGGUGGGGGAAUAUCGACCGAUUCGCAUUAAGACGGAGCUGACCAAACGCCAAAAACCAGUGACGAUCGUGGCCAACAUUGAGCAAUUUGGCCUCGACCCCGAUGCGUUUUUAAAAGACGCCCAAAAGAAGUGGGCCUGCAGCGCCACGAUCGUUCUUCACGGCAAAGACGUCGAGGUGCAUAUCCAAGGCAACUUGGGCCAAGAUGUCGUCCAGUACCUCGGCACCCAGUACAAGAUUGCGUCUAAGUUGUGCAGCGUCGAGUGGGGCAAGGGCUGCCAAAAGCCCAAAAAGUAAUCCACAGGAAAAACAACACCAUGGACUCUAUUAAUCUCGAUCGAUCACGCCCUUGCUGUUCAAGACGGCGUACUCCAACUGCUUGGCCAAGACCGCUUUCGUCGAGUAUGCUGGUAAAUGGAG